AUGCGGGGGUUGAUGACAAUGCCCUACUUUCAAUCCGAUCUGAAUGCUCGGAACAUAUCCGAGUAUUUGUUGAGCACCAUGAUGGCGGGUGCUUUUGGCGGCGCAUUAUGCUCUGAUCAAUCGGAAAUUGCUCCGAAAAAUAUGCGUGGUCGAUUAGUAUCCGUUCAACAAUUCGCUAUAGCAACUGGAAUAUGUGUGUCCUACUGGAUGGGGUACGCCUUCAUCGGUAUUGAUAGUUCUUUGUCAUGGAGAUUACCUUUGGGCAUACCACUGAUUAUUGCUUUGAUAUAUGCGAUUGGGAUCAUGUUGAUGCCUAGAAGCCCACGAUUCUUGAUUCAUAAGCACAUGGACAGGGAAGCUCUGGAGGUUUUGGCUUUUAUUCGGGGCGACGGAAGCUUAAACCAUCCUGACGUGCUCAUGGAAUAUGUUGAGAUUAAACAGAGUAUACGUUUUGAAGAGACAUAUGGAUCAAAGCAUUUUGGUCGACUGUUUCGAAAAGGAUGGGAGAAUCAUCGGAAACGGCUUUUGCUGGGAAUGGGCGUCCAGAUAUUUCAGCAACUCACGGGGGCCAACGCAUUAUUGUACGUAUUUUUGGAUCUUAUAAGAUGUAUCAUGUACGUGCUGAAUGAUUUUGCUGUUUUUACCAACUGUAUCAGUGGUGUGAUCAACUUCGCUUUCUCGAUACCACCCAUGUUCAUUAUCGACCGAUGGGGUAGACGGCCCACCCUCGUAUACGGCAGCAUAUUCUGCUGCGCGUGUACGGUUGUUAUGGCGAUUGUAGGACAAGUAACCGGGAUUACCAACCGAAUUACGGCCAUGCUUGCUGUGGAUGAGCUUCAGGCUGCGCACGAAACCGAAAAGCUUAUAUCGGUACCAUACGGCGAAGAGGGAAACAGUGGAUCUAUAGCGUUUCUUGUCGUCAUUUACCUCUUUAUUGCGUGCUAUGCGUUGUCAUGGGGACCUGCUGGCUGGAUUUUUCCAACAGAGCUUUAUUCUCAAGAUGUCCGUGCGCAAGCGCUCGGAUUGACUACAGCAGCCAAUUGGCUAUUUAAUUACGGAGUCACUCAGAUAACCCCAAUCAUGUACACGACGAUACGAUGGAAAACUUUUGUAGCAUAUGCAGUGCUGUGUGCCGUUAUUGCAUUCGCAGUUCAGCGCUACUUCCCAGAAACAAUGGGAAAAUCACUUGAAGAAAUUGACCUUAUAUUUAGUGGAAACUUCAACUAUUACGACCUUAAUGUGCAUCACCCACAGACAGCCGCUGCAGCAUUGCACGAGCUGGAUCGUGCCCAUGCAAGACACUCCCAGGCAUUCGAAACGACUACUGCUCUUUCUACUCGAUCGGAUCGCCCCACUGAUUUCGUCGCAUAG